AUGGGCACCCCAGACGCCUCCUCCCCCACUCGGUCCCCGCCCUGGACACCCCAGACACUACCGCCCCACGGCCUGGAUCCCCAGCCCCUGCAGGCACAGCGAGAGCCCCGCUCUGGACAACCCAGACGCGGCCUCGGCCCCCCACCCCCCGCCCAGUUCCCACGCCCCUGCAGGAAUGGCGAGAGCCCCACCCUGGGCACCCCAGAGGCGACCCCGUCCCGUUCCCAGGACCCCAGCCCCAACAGGCAUGGUGAGGACCCUCAGGCACAGGAGGGACACUCCCUGGGCAUUCCAUACGCGACCACGUCCCUGCCCAGAUCCCCAGCCCCUGCAGACACAGCGGGGGCCCUCCCUGGGCACCCUAGACGGACCCCGCCCCAUCCGCCCGGGUCCCCAGCCCCUAAGGCACAGAGAGGGCCCCACCUUGGGAACCCAAGACGCGACCCCCGCCCCGCCUGCCCGGGGCCCCAGUCCCUGCGGCAAAGCGAGGGCCCUGCCCCGGGCACCCUAGGCGUGACCCUGUCCCUUGCCCGGCUCCCCAGCUUCGGCAGGCAGGGCGAGGACCCCACCCUGGGCAACCCAGAUGCAACCCGGCUCCCUGUGCCUGGGGUUUAG